UCCGAUGUGAGAGUGCUUGAGCUAUUCCAUGUGACGUCCCUGUACCGGGUCUCCACACCGUACGGCACCCGUCUCGCUAAUUGCUCGCGAUGGACGGCAGCGGCUUUCCUGGGCUGGCGCGCACGCUGCUCCUGCUGCUCGUGGCGAUCACCUUCCUGCCCGACAGAACCUGCGUGGUCACUGCAACCAAACCACCGUUGCUCUGCGAAAUGCCAAGGGAAAUGAAAGUACACCUGAUCAUGUGCGCUGAGAGGAUUCUUCAACGACACGUCGUGACGCUGCUUGCCAAGCGGUCCAAGCGCUUAUUCAAGGGGCGCAACCUUGUGGACGCCAUCACCGACAUGUGCGUCGAUCGGUCGCAUAUCAUAAACAACAAUGUUGCCCUUACAGUGAUGCAAGUACCGGACGUGGACAAGAACUACACCGAAUACGCUCUCUGGAACUGCAUGAACACCACGCGCUACUUGAUGCUGUACGGAGGGUCGUAAGGAACUACCAACGCUUCAUGUAAAAAAAAAAAAAGAUGUCGUAGCAGUAAAUAAAGGAUUGCUGCGACGGGAU